CUCAACUCGAGAGAGAGAGAGAGAUAAUGCCACGAUGAUCAAAAUAACAAAGAAGUCCUGCAGCUUUCAUUCACAACUUCUUCUCCCCAAACAGGUUCUCCUCUAAGCCUUGAGGAAACCAAAGAAGCGACGCACGCACCGGGUUGUUUUCCUUUCGAAAGGUUUAGAGAUGUUGCAUAUGGCUUUUGAAGUAUCCUAGUCUACUUUACCCCCCCCGCCCAAUAUCAGCGUGUAGCAUCCUGCAUACGCCAUUACCCUGGCAACGAGACCCUUUCACCAUCCUCCUCCUGCGCUCAGCUCUCAACACCAUCGGCAGCCUGCGGGAGACGUCGAGCCCUCCCUUUGACGCGCGUCCUCCGAAUGGAAGCGGAUUGUUUGGGCAAUUCAAAUUCAAUUUUUUUUAUUUAAAUUGUUUUUUUAACUAGUAAGGUACAUGUGUCGGAGAAGUCUUUUCUCUCAGCACCAACAUGCCUGUGAGACGCGGUCACGUGGCGCUCCAGAACACCUACCUGGACACUAUCAUCAGGAAAUUCGACGAGCAAAAUCGGAAGUUUCUGAUCGCCAACGCCCAGACGAAGAAUUGUGGCAUCAUCUACUGCAACGAAGGCUUCUGCCAGAUGUUUGGUUUCGCCCGGGCGGAGAUCAUGCAGCAGCCCUCCACCUGCCAGUUCUUGGUGGGGCCCGGCACCAUGAAGAGCGCCGUGGCCCAACUGGCUCAGGCCCUGCUUGGCUCAGAGGAGCACAAGGUGGAGAUCCUCUUCUACGAUAAGGAAGGAUCCUGUAGACCUUGCCUGGUAGACGUCGUCCCCAUGAAAAACGAAGAAGGUCUCGUGAUAAUGUACAUCCUCAACUUCCAGGAGCUGAUUGAUCCCUCUCUGAAGAAGUCAGGCCUCCGCCACAGAGUUUCCCAAGGAUUGAUAUACUGUCAGAAUCGCAGGAUGAAGCUGAGGCUCCCGGUGCUGCGGUCCAUGCGACAUUCUUCACUUUCCAAAGAUCAGUUUGAAGGCGUGGUCGUGGACUCCCUGCAGCCCAACAGCGAGGAAGUCCCCCUCAAAGAGUUCCGUCUCCCGUCCAAGGAGAGCUGCAUGCAGUCUGAGACCGAAGCCCUGAUAGAACAGGACCUCGAUCCUCCAUCCCCGGCAGCCCAGUCCUCCACCAAGCGUUGCUCCCUGCUGACGGACCACCUGGACCCCGGCAACGCCUUCCACGGGGGUCCGCUACCUCGGAGCGGUUCUGUGGACAGCGUCCACAGCCUUCGCCGCACCUCGUCUCUGGACGACAUUGACGGCAUGAGGGCAGCAUGCAGCAGUCGACCCGGGGACCUGCAAACCAACAGCAAUCUGAAGCCGAGCGGUCUGAACUCCACGUCGGACUCGGACCUGAUGAGACAUCGGCCCAUCGGCCGCAUCCCUCAGGUCACUCUCACCUUCGGCUCGGACCGGUUGAGACCACCGUCGCCCACUGAGAUAGAAAUCAUUGCACCCUGCAAGAUUAAAGACCGAACCCAGAAUGUCACAGAGAAGGUCACCCACGUCACUCAGGUUUUGUCGCUCGGUGCUGACGUGCUGCCAGAGUACAAGCUCCAGGCCCCACGCAUCCACAAAUGGACCAUCCUUCACUACAGCCCCUUCAAAGCGGUGUGGGACUGGCUCAUCCUGCUGCUGGUCAUAUACACCGCCAUCUUCACCCCGUACUCGGCCGCCUUCCUUCUCAACGAGGUGGAGGAGGAGCGGAGGAGAACCUGCGGCUACACCUGCAACCCGCUCAACGUGGUGGACCUGGUGGUGGAUGUCAUGUUCAUCGUGGACAUCCUCAUCAACUUCAGGACCACCUACGUCAACCACAACGACGAGGUGGUCAGCCACCCGGGGCGCAUCGCGCAGCACUACUUCAAGGGCUGGUUCCUCAUUGACAUUGUGGCUGCCAUCCCCUUCGAUCUGCUCAUAUUCCGCACCGGGUCUGAGGAGCCUCAGACAACCACUCUGAUUGGAUUACUGAAAACAGCCAGAUUGCUGAGGUUGGUACGAGUGGCCAGGAAGUUGGACCGCUACUCGGAAUAUGGCGCCGCGGUCCUUUUCCUCCUCAUGUGCUCCUUCGCCCUCAUUGCUCAUUGGCUGGCCUGUAUCUGGUACGCCAUCGGCAACGUGGAGCGCACAGGCUCUGCGCGCAUCGGAGGCAUGAAGAUCGGCUGGCUGGACAACCUGGCCGAGCAGAUUGGUAAACAGUACAAUGAUAGCGACCCCGCCUCGGGCCCCUCCACCAAGGACAAGUACGUUACAGCCCUGUACUUCACCUUCAGCAGCCUGACCAGUGUGGGUUUUGGGAACGUCUCACCCAACACCAACCCAGAGAAGAUCUUCUCCAUAUGUGUCAUGCUCAUUGGCUCUCUGAUGUACGCCAGUAUCUUUGGAAACGUGUCUGCAAUCAUCCAGAGACUGUACUCGGGCACGGCCCGCUAUCACACUCAGAUGCUGCGGGUCAAAGAGUUCAUCCGGUUCCACCAGAUCCCAGGAGGCCUGCGCCAGAGGCUGGAGGAGUACUUCCAACAUGCCUGGUCCUACACCAACGGCAUCGACAUGAACGCUGUUUUAAAGGGGUUUCCUGAGUGUCUGCAGGGUGACAUCUGCCUCCACUUGAACCGGACCUUGCUCCAGAACUGCAAAGCUUUCCGAGGUGCCAGCAAAGGCUGUCUGCGGGCUCUGGCAAUGCGAUUCAAGAACACCCACGCUCCACCGGGUGACACUCUGGUCCACAGUGGGGACAUUCUCAGCGCUGUCUACUUCAUUUCCAGAGGCUCUAUCGAGAUCCUCAGGGACGAUGUGGUGGUGGCCAUACUCGGAAGGAACGACAUCUUUGGGGAAUCCAUCAGUCUGUAUAGGAGGCCGGGUAAAUCCAGCGCGGACGUCAGGGCUUUGACCUACUGUGACCUUCACAAGAUCCUCAGAGACGACCUGCUGGAAGUGCUGGACAUGUAUCCCGACUUCGCCGAUAUGUUCUGGAACAACUUGGAGAUCACCUUCAACCUGAGAGAUGCAGAUAGGAUACAGCAGCCAACUCCGGGCAGGGACUCCGAAUGUGGCUACCGCCGGACAAGGCAUCGGAGAAGCUCCCUGCGGCGCCGAAACCGACCGGACGGCAUGGACCGUGAAGACUCUUACCCCGAUCAAUCCUGUCCAAUGGCAAACCACCACCAGGGCAUGAUGGCAGAAUCCCAUUGGGAGGACCUCUGCAGCAGUGCUAGCAUCGGUUCACAGUCUAGUGAUGAGGAGAUGAAGCCCUUAGGACACAGCAAAGGGGAGCUGUACCCCACCGACUGCCCCUCAGCGGUGGUCAACCUCCUGCCUCAUAGUGGACCCUCGGCUGCGAUAGGACCGCCUGUAGAUCCCGGAGGACCACCAUACUCAGGAUUCCUCUUCUUCCUCACAGCAGCGGCCCCAAUCAGCAUGCCGGGCCUGUACAGCUGCUGGCCAGACCGCAGAGCCAGCCAGUUCUCAGAGAGCCAGAGGCGACAGUCGUCAGUCAGGGCCAGUUUGCAGCCUUCGGCCUGCGCUGAGCGUCGGCCCAGUGAGCUGGAGUCCAGGCUGGAGCUGCUGCAGUCCCACUUAAACCGGCUGGAGACCCGCAUGACGGCCGACAUCAAUGUGAUCCUGCAGCUCCUCCAGAGGCAGAUGGCUCCAGUGCCUCCGGCCUACAGCGCUGUGUCUCUCAGCCCUCAUCCCCCUCCCCCCACCACCCUGGACAGCACAGGAGCGCCCGCCAUCCACUCUGUCCCUCCAACGGACGGCACGGCCUCACAGAGUCCAGACUCUGACUUCAACCACAAAUCCAAGGACUCCCUGUCCAGCGGGAUCCAUCUCACCAUGACCUCUGACGACACGGCGUCCAUGUCGCCGGACAACGACCCGCCGCAUCUGCCCUCCGUGGACCUCAGCGCUCCUCAAUCUUCAGGGGCCAAACAGCUUCCUGGACUGCUAUGUGUCAGCCAGCGCUUCCCCUCCCUCCCUGAGCACCUGGAGACGCCCACGGAGACGCAGGAGAUCCAGAGGCAUGUCUCUGACCCGGUCUUGCCAGGCAGCUAAGUUACCAACACCACCCGAAAGCCUGGCACAGCCAUACGUCCUCCACUCUGUGACUUCCCUCGUCCUGCCUUCAAACCUGCUCUGUCCCGCUGCGGGGCGUGGGACGCCUUGCCUUCCACGUCCCUGAGGGUUCAGAGCGCCUCCUGUUUCUCACGCACAGACUCCAGCGCUCCUUCACACCCGAGGUCCUGUGCAACGAUGACACUAUUCCCGCCCAGCAGGGUGGGCAAAUCGUGGAACCCGAGUGGCGGAUACUACAUGCGUCACGCAGCCGCUGGAUCCCAAACCGAGGUUUCUUUAAGGAGAGGUGAAGUGUCAAGGACUAGUAUGUACUAUGUAUGUAGUCCACGUCUCACAAGUGAAGAAUGCUCUGCAUUCACUCUGUAUAAGAAUCACACAAUUAGACUUGAGCUUAGAGAAAUGUAAUCAUUUAUUUUUAAAUUGAAUUUAUUUCCCUAAUAUUAGAGAGAACAAUACAUCUGGUACAUGUAAUAAACUACGAGUGACAUAAGUUAGAGGCACACUGUUGUUGUUUUGUUGUAUGUUCAAACAUAUAUCAAAAGGCAUACUGGAGCUGUGUGUCAUUUUCAUCUCUGACAUUUAGACACCAAUCAACAGAGUCGCGAGGAGGUUAUUGCGACAUACACAGCGAAGACGAACAGAAACGUCUUCAUCGUUUCUUGUACCGUUACACAUUUAGCUCUUACGGCUUCGCUCGGUUCCCCCUGGGUCUGUUUCUGUGUCCGUGCAUCUGCUCGGCUCCACUUCGCGGUUUCAUUAUGUACCUGAUGUGUUUCCGUGAACGUGCCAACAGUAGAGGACGCGCUCUCGACUUCUCGACACUGCGAUAAGGAAACGGGUAAAAGGAAAAAGUGCAGAAGUUUGCUUUGUGAAGUGGACGCACAGAAGAGUUUCCUCAAGGCGUGUUCAGAGGAUUCUCCAGUUCCAACCACAAGGACUUUUUAAGCAUUUGUAAGUCUGUAUAAUGUUUCUUGAAGCACACAUUUCUGUUAUUUAUCUUUUUUUUAGAUUAAAGACACACCACAGAGUUACAAUGGGAGUCCGAAACGCUUUUUUAUUUCCACAGAUCACUAAUAAAAUGUCACACACACACACACACAGGGCAGAAGAAACAUUCAGCACUGUGUGGCCGUAGAAACAAAAAACAACAGAUUCCACUGAGGAGAGAACGUGUAAAUCUGAAGUAUGUAAAUGUUAUGCUACUUUAGACUUCUGCUACAUUUCAGGUGGAAACAGUGCUCUUCUUACCACACUUUAUGUAAUUCACUGUUGCUGUUUACUUUGUAGAUUAAGAUCAGAAAAACCUGAACUGGGCACCUAGAAUAUGAUGUGUUAGACAGUAACUUAAAUUAAGAGCGUUUGUAAAGCAUGUGUAUUCCUCUAUAAACGUGACCUAAAAUGAUCAGAUUCAGGAGGAUCCAGUCAAACAACUAAAUAUUCAUAUUAAUAUAUUUAUUGAGCAAAACUAUCCAACAUUAAAUGUUUUUGAAGGAAAAUGUCCGUGAGCCUCUAGGUUAUCGUACAUUUAAAGGGAAAAUCGGAGUGACGUGUUUCACUUCAUGAAUAAUUACUGCAUCAAAACAAUGUUCAUGUACUUGUCCUUUGCUUGAGAAAAUACAUUUUCUAUUACAAUUCA